UGCAUUCUAUUAAUGUGCAAAUCAUAUGUGACUCCAACAUGACCCUCACAAACAUUGUGGCACGCUGGCCUGGUUCAACACAUGAUUCCUUUAUCUUGACACAUAGCAGUGUAGGGAACAGACUAAAUGCAGGCGCAGUACGUGAUGGCUGGCUUCUUGGCGACAGUGGCUACCCCCUGAGACGCUGGCUCCUCACCCCAUUUUUAAACCCGCAGAGCGCAGAGGAAACUCAUUAUAACGAGGUCCACUCUCGUGCCCGCGCAGUUGUGGAGCGUGCCAUCGGCAUCCUGAAAUGCAGAUGGCGUGCUCUGGAUGCCUCGGGUGGCAGACUUUUAUACCAUCCAGCAAAAGUGUGCAAGAUUGUCAGGGCGUGUGGUGUUUUGCACAAUAUAGCACUGAGAAACGGUAUUCCUCUCCCUCCUGAUCUCCCUCUACCCCAGCAUUACGACCCCGAGCCACAGCCCCCUGGCCGACAAGAGGGAUAUCAACGAGGUGCAAGAAUCCGUGAGGAUGUCAUGCGGCGUUUGUAAAGAAAGACAAAACUCAAGGACUGCGUCAGUGAGUACCCGACCACUUUUGGACGUGCCAGACGCAGGAA